AUCUUGUGCCCAGAUCUUUCGCUCACAAUUUAAUUUCACCACUGUUUUGGUAAUGAUAAAUUGUUUCGAUCUCGGAGAAGUAGAUGUGUGAAAAUGACGUCGUUUUCUACUGCAACGCUGGAAAAAAAGUUAGCUGAUCUAUCCAACACGCAGCAUAGUGUUCAGACGCUUUCGUUGUGGCUCAUUCACCACAGAAAACACGCUAAAGCGAUAGUACAAGCUUGGUAUAAAGAGCUCGCCAAAGCAAGGUCAAGCAAAAAGCUCACAUUCCUAUUUCUUGCUAACGAUGUCCUUCAAAAUGGAAAAAGAAAGGGGACAGAAUUUUUGGGUGAAUUUAAACAUGUGUUGCCUGCUGCUUUUCAGCAUUGUGCACAGGGUGGAACAGUAGAAGCCAUCAAAGGUCUUGAAAGACUAAUCUCCAUAUGGACAGAGAGAAAUGUGUAUGACGCAACUUUCCUAGAGAGACUUCACAAGUGUUUAGGUCAAGAAUCAGACUCGCCGCCACCAGAGAAGAAACAAAAGCUUCAAGAUGAAAAACAAGCUCCACUGAUUGAGCCACCAGAUCCUGAGGAUCUAAUUAAGGCAUUGAUGGAACUUGAAAACUCUGCUUCACAAGAUGCUGUUGUUAGAGAAAAGAUUGCUAAUCUACCAGCAGAAGUACAAGAUGUCUCACUUCUGGACAAAAUAGAAGAUAAAGAAACUGGAGACCGCCUUUCCAAGAUUGUUGAUGAGGCUUGUUUAUUACUUGCUGACUACAAUGGCAGACUUGCAGCAGAACUGGAAGACAGAACAACAAUAUCCAAAAUGCUGGCUGCAUUUAUACAACUUCAAAAGGACAAACUUGCAGAAUCAGAGAAAAAACUUGAAGAAUACAAAGCCAAACAGGAAAAAGUUCAGUUAGUGAGACAAGAACUCAAGUCGCAUUUAGAAAACCUUCCAGACCUGACCAAACUUCCUGAUCUUGGAGGAGGUCUUGCUCCUCUGCCGUCGGCAGGAGAUUUAUUUGCAUCUGCUCAAAGAUCAUGACGGCGGUCAGUUCUGCUCAGGAACUUCCACAUAAAACUUUAAAAAAACUCGCAUUCUCCAUAAUGUUUGACUGGUAUAUAUAAUUUUAAUAAUUUAUAAAUAUUUCUUGAUAUACCUGUAAUUGUGCCUGGGUUGAUAUAAAACGAGGUUGAACUUUA